AUGAGUAUAUUUGACAAGAAAAUUUUGCCCUACCAAAAUAUGAAAUCAAACAUAGGCAUUGUGAAAGAAAAGAUAGGAAAACCGUUGUGUUUGACUGAAAAAAUCCUUUAUUCACAUUUGGAAGACCCGGCUACACAAGAAAUCGAACGAGGUGUAUCUUAUUUAAAAUUAAGGCCCGAUCGUGUGGCAAUGCAAGAUGCUACUGCUCAAAUGGCUAUGCURCAGUUUAUGUCAUCUGGUUUACCAAGAGUGGCGGUACCUACGACAAUUCAUUGUGACCAUUUAAUUGAAGCUCAAAUCGGUGGAAAAGAGGACCUAAAGAGAGCUAAUAAAGAUAACGAAGAAGUAUUUAAUUWUUUGAAAACRGCUAGUGCUAAGUACGGAGUUGGAUUUUGGCRCCCUGGUUCAGGGAUUAUUCAUCAAAUAAUUCUGGAAAACUAUGCAUUUCCCGGAUUAUUGAUGAUUGGGACAGACUCUCACACGCCCAAUGGUGGUGGACUUGGUGGAUUGUGYAUUGGAGUAGGUGGUGCGGACGCUGUUGAUGUGAUGGCAAGUUUUCCGUGGGAAUUGAAGUGCCCUAAAAUUAUUGGAGUCCAUUUGACUGGAAAAAUGAAAGGUUGGACUACACCAAAGGAUGUCAUCCUUAAAGUGGCAGAUAUUUUGACAGUCAAAGGAGGAACCGGWGCUGUAAUUGAAUAUCACGGACCAGGAGUUGAUAACAUAUCAUGCACUGGUAUGGGCACCAUUUGUAAUAUGGGAGCUGAAAUUGGAGCCACAACUAGUUUAUUUCCAUAUAAUCACCGAAUGGCAGAUUACUUAAAAGCUACCUCACGUAGUGAUAUUUCCGAAGAAGCUGCGAAGUAUAGUGAAUCGUUGUUGACUCCUGACAAAGGCUGUAAUUAUGAUAAGUUAAUUGAACUUGAUUUGACAACAUUGGAACCUCAUGUCAAUGGACCCUUUACACCAGAUCUCGCUCAUCCUAUUUCAAAACUUGGCAAAAACACCAAAAGUAACGAUUGGCCUGUUGAAAUUAAAGUUGGUCUGAUUGGAAGUUGYACAAAUUCAAGUUAUGAAGAUAUGGCGAGAUGUGGUACAAUUGCAAAAGAAGCCUUAGAUCAUGGUCGUAAAUCAAAAAUUCCAUUUUAUGUCACUCCUGGAUCUGAACAAAUCAGAGCAACGAUUGAAAGAGAUGGAAUUGCACAAACACUGAGAGAUUUUGGAGGUACUGUAUUAGCUAAUGCAUGUGGUCCAUGUAUCGGUCAAUGGGACCGUAAAGAUGUUAAAAUGGGUGAAAAGAAUACCAUUGUGAGUUCAUACAAUAGAAACUUCACUGGGCGAAAUGAUGCCAAUCCAGCAACUCACGCCUUUGUCACGUCUCCAGAGCUAGUAACUGCUUUAGCCAUUGAAGGUCGUUUAGACUUUGAUCCCACAAUUGAAUCAAUAAAAGGGGCUGAUGGUAAAGAGUUUAAGCUGASUAAUCCAUUUGGUGAUGAACUACCACAAAAUGGAUUUGAUCCUGGUCAAGAUACAUACCAAGCUCCACCUGAAGAUGGGUCRUCUGUAAAUGUGGAAGUAAAUCCCAAGUCCAAUCGUCUUCAACUAUUGGAACCUUUUGAAGCUUGGGACGGGGAAGAUUUACUAGACCUUAUUAUACUGAUUAAAGUGAAAGGAAAAUGUACAACUGAUCACAUUUCUGCUGCUGGUCCCUGGUUGAAAUACCGCGGCCACUUGGAUAAUAUUUCAAAUAACUUKUUUUUAACUGCAACCAACUCAGAUAAUAAUGAAAUGAAUAAAGUAAUGAACCAGCAGACUGGAGAAUGGGAUGGAGUACCGGAUACAGCAAGAGCGUACAAGGCAAAUAAUGUUUCGUGGGUUGUGUUUGGUGAUGAAAACUAUGGYGAAGGAAGUAGCAGAGAACAUGCCGCUUUAGAACCACGACAUUUGGGAGGACGUGCAGUUAUUGUCAAGUCUUUUGCUAGGAUACAUGAAACAAAUUUGAAAAAGCAGGGACUAUUAGCCUUGACAUUUUCUGACCCCAAAGAUUAUGAUAAAGUUCAACCAACUGAUAGAGUGUCUAUAGUCGGACUUGAUCAAUUUGCUCCUGGCAAGCCUUUAUUAUGCGUAUUAUUCCAUAGCGAUGGUAGUAGUGAUGAAAUAUUACUAAAUCAUACAUUCAACGAACAACAAAUUGAAUGGUUUAAAGCUGGUAGUUCAUUAAACAGAAUGAAGCAAUUGGCUGAUUAAUCUAGUUCGUAAAAUCAUAGUUGACUUAGGUAAUUUACCCCCAUCAAGGUUAAAUUUAAUUUUA